GUCCGUCCAUGGCUUCUACCUGCUUCCGUGUAAUCGAAGUCCAAUAGUAUCGAAGGGAUACAGAGUGUGUGUUGCGAAAGCUUCGUCGCUCUAUCAUCUUGGCAGAUAUAGUAAUGGCUACAGAUCAGAAAACUUUCGUCUUUGCUGAGGUCUCUAAGCACAACAAAACCAAAGACUGCUGGGUUAUCAUCUCUGGAAAGGUUUAUGAUGUAACCCCCUUCAUGGACGAUCACCCUGGAGGCGACGAAGUUAUGCUAGCAGCAACGGGGAAGGAUGCGACAGUUGAUUUUGAGGAUGUCGGGCACAGUGAUAACGCUAGAGUUCUGAUGGAUAAAUAUUACAUUGGUGAGAUAGACAAAUCAACUGUUCCAGCGAAACGUGCUUAUGUUCUAUCUACUGAUAAGAUCUACAAUUCAGACAACACUCCUGAAUUCAUUAAGAUAUUGCAGUUUCUGGUGCCCUUCAUGAUUUUGGGCUUGGCUUUCACAGUCAGAUCCUACACAAGAGAGAAUUCUGCUUGAUUUAACGUCAUCUAGUUUAAUAAGAGUGCUGGAUGUUUUGCAUUAUUGGUUCAUUUAAUUACAAUUUAAACUCCUGCUUUUACAUAUUAAUCUUCUUGCUAAAGAUUUGGCCAUCAAUUGAGAAAUGAGAAUAAGGUGUUGUUUACUUA